UGUGUGUGUUUCUGCUGAGAUGUGGUACAGUAGGUGGAAAGGGAGACAGAGUGAAAGAAAAAGGCAGAGAGAAAGUGUGUGUGUGUAUCAGAGUGUGUGUGUGACGCUGAGAGAUAUAAAGAGAAACCCAGAGGAAGGAAAGAGGAGUGGGUGGAGUCACCUCACCUUCCACCACUACUGCCUCUCCGUCUCUCCGUCUCUCUGUCUCUGUCUGUCUCCGCUGGUUCGUAUCUGCCCCUCGUGUCCCCUCACCAUGCGCACUCUCCACAGGCUGAAGUUGAUGAGUUCUCCGAGUCUCAGUGAUCUGGGCAAGAGCGACCGCUUGGAGGAGAGAGGAGCUCAGCAGUGCAGGGCGGGGGCCAACGCCAUCUGGAACAGCAUCCAUAAUGCGGUCAUCUCCAUGUUCCAGAAGAAAGAGCUGGGAGACAAUGAGCUCUACGCUUUAAACGAAGGUGUCAGGCAGCUGCUAAAGACUGAGCUCGGCUCCUUCUUCACUGAGUACCUGCAGAACCAGCUGCUCACCAAAGGGAUGGUCAUACUGCGGGACAAGAUCUACUUCUAUGAAGGUCAGAAGUUACUUGAUGCUCUGGCUGAAACCUGGGAUUUCUUCUUCUGUAACGUUCUCUCCACACUGCAGGCCAUUUUCUACCCGGUCCAGGGGAAGGAGCCCACGGUGAGGCAGCUGGCUCUCCUGCACUUUCGGAACAUUAUAACCCUGAGCGUAAAGCUGGAGGACGCUCUGUCUCGUCCCAAAGCUUGCGUCCCUCCCUCCAUCACACAGAUGUUGCUCAUACUGCAGGGCGUGCACGAGUCUCGGGGAGUGAGUGACGACUACUUAAGGUUGGAGUCUUUGAUCCAGAAGGUGGUGUCUCCGUACCUGGGCACGCAUGGGCUCUACAGCGACGGCGGCUGUGUGCCGCAGUGCUCCUGUGUGCUGGAGAAGCGAUUGAUGCGGCACUGGCCCACGCUCGGGGACGCCUCUGCCAGGAACCCCGUAAUGCGCUCCAAGAGCUACAACAUGCCCAUGCUGACCCCUGUGGAGGAGUACGAGGUGGAGGCCGCAUCGGCCGGCAGCUCAGGGAUCCGACGCCAUUCCGUGUGCCAGAUGACCUUGUGCCAGGAGGAGCCGGCCUUCUCCAGCACCAAGUCCAGUCCCGAGACGAACAGCGAGCCCCAGCUCUCAGCCUCUCACCCGUCCACAGAACCGGACUCGGCUCUGACAGGAUGCAGAGCGCAGAUGAAGGACACGUCUCCGCUCCCGUCCCCGUCCCUGUAUCCCUCGAGUUUCCCUCAAUGUUCUUCAGAAAUAUUUCAGAAAAUAGUCUCAGCUUCUGAUCUUACCCAGGAAGUGUCCUCGCCAACCGGAGGCUCACUGAGCCCCGAAACCAUCACGGAUCAGCUCCUGGAGUCUUUGGACUCCGAAUCAGAAGGAAUCUUCAUAGACUUUAGCUGCCACGGCUCACAAUCGUCUAACUUCAGUCAGGAGAGUGAGAGUGUGGUGUAGGAGCGCAGGAGCGCCACGCCGGCCCUCUGACUGGCCCCGAACUUCAAGAGGGUCCAUGUCUGGGGAGGGGGAGUUCUGUCGUCCACAUUUUUUGUAAUUUUAUACUAAAGAUUUUAAAAAACAUUUAACAUUUUUU